CGUAAGGCCGACUUCAAGGUAAACGCAGCGACGUAACGGUGGAAUAUAGCAGAAAGAGUCAGGACAAAAAAACAACAACAACAAAAGGCUGCCUCAGGAGCAGUGGCGUGUCUUCAUGGCAGUUCAUCGAGGACACACUAAGUACUUGAAAGCCCAUCUGGCGGACCUGCAGGAGGUGUAUGACAUGUCAAACGGUUAUGAAGACCACAUGGGCGGGGAUGAGGGGAAGGACUCCAAGACCAACCUGAUCGUGAACUACCUGCCUCAGACCAUGACGCAGGACGAGCUGCGGAGCCUCUUCAGCAGCAUUGGAGAGGUGGAAUCUGCCAAGCUGAUACAAGACAAAGUGGCAGGCCACAGUUUAGGGUACGGAUUUGUUAACUAUCUUAACCCUAGUGAUGCAGACAGAGCUAUCAGUACACUGAAUGGACUAAGGCUACAGUCCAAAACUAUCAAGGUUUCAUACGCACGACCCAGCUCUGAUACAAUAAAGGAUGCAAAUCUGUAUAUCAGCGGCCUGCCAAAGUCCAUGACCCAGAAGGAUGUGGAGGACAUGUUCUCAAGAUUUGGACACAUCAUUAACUCUCGGGUACUUGUAGAUCAGGCUACAGGUAAGACAGGUGUUUCCCGCGGGGUGGCCUUUAUCCGGUUUGACAAGCGGGCCGAAGCAGAGGAAGCAGUCAAAAGUCUGAAUGGCCAAAAACCACCUGGAUCCUCUGAGCCAAUCACAGUGAAAUUCGCUGCCAACCCAAACCAAGUGAAGAACACACAGAUCAUCUCCCAGCUCUACCACAACCCCUCCAGGCGCUUCGGGGGGCCCUUGCAUCACCAGGCACAGCGGUUUAGGUUCUCCCCAAUGGGUGUUGACCACAUGAGUGGCAUGGGAGGCGUCAGUGUCCCCGGCAACUCCACCUCUGGCUGGUGCAUCUUCAUCUACAACCUGGGCCAGGAUGCUGACGAGAGCAUCCUGUGGCAGAUGUUUGGCCCCUUCGGUGCUGUCACCAACGUCAAGGUGAUCCGCGACUUUAACACCAACAAGUGCAAGGGCUUCGGCUUCGUUACCAUGACGAACUACGAGGAGGCGGCAAUGGCCAUCGCCAGCCUGAAUGGCUACCGGCUUGGAGACAAGAUGCUGCAAGUGUCCUUCAAGACCAGCAAGGGCCACAAAUAGAGAGAGCUGGACAGUAAGGUGUAGAGGAGAGAUGGAAAUGACCUACGUUAAGCUUCUGUGGCACAGAGCAGAAGUGUAAAGUUGGAAAGUCUGGCACAUCCUUUUGGGGUUUUAGUUUAUUAAGAGUUCAAUGAGAGUUCACUCUUCUGCACCUUUUUACUUGUCUAAGAGUUUUUUUUCUUCUCAUCUUUAUACUCAUGCUUGAGGGGAAACAGAAGUUUCAUUUUUUUUAGGGAGAGGAUGGAGAGGACAAAAUCCCAUGAUACCCCUAGUUAACUUUUGGAAUGAUCUCAAAUCUAAAAUACUGUCCAUAUGUGUUGCAUGUUUUAUUGUGAGGAAUAGAUUAAAGAGGCAAGAGUUUCUUAGCAAUUCACUGAAAAAAUAAGAGGAAGACACUGCACAUUGUUGUCUAAGAGUCAACAUUUCAUGGUCAAGAAGCUAAAGAACAGUAUAUUGCCUGUACUUUUUGUAGGAGUCAGCAGUGCUCUGCUCUGAUCCUCAUCAUCGGUUAAAAUAGAUGCCUUAAAUUAUCAUCUGGUGGAUUAAUAAACCUGAAAUACCACUUACUGUUUUUAGUUAAUCUAAGAGCAAAGCACUUUCAGUCAAACUGUUUUAAGUUACGAUGAUUAUCUGUUUUGUAUGUUCAUCUACAAUUUUAGCUCACCUUCCUUCCGUGGGGGGAAAAAAAACAAGACAAGUUGUGGUGAUAAAGGAUUUAGUUUUGUUGUCCCUGUGUAAAGUCUCUUUUAUUACAAGUUGUAUUUUAGGAGAGUCCUGUUGAAAAUGAGCCCCAGUCAGUGAGUAGGGAACUAAGAUGGACCAAAUAAAGGGAGAGAUUUGAUCCAAAGGAGAGGUUUUUUUCACAAGGUAACUUUGAUCCUUUUUUUUUUUAGUGGUUGUUGGAGAGGUACUGAGCUUAUAUUUAAUCCUCACUUAGAGCAACAUGUCUUUAGCUCAGUUUGUUGUUCUGUUUCUUUAGUUUCUUAUUUUUUUUCUCUUUUGUUUGAGUUUUUUUUCCCUCUGCAGAAACAUAUUCUCGUUCCUCUAUUCAUUUCAAACUUGUUUGAACGAGUGCUCAUCUCGAGUUCUGACAGACGUUAAUGGCCUUUGUUUAUGAUUUUUCUUCAGUUUUGGUUUCUUUUCUUUCUUUUUCUUUUGAUUGUUUCACUUUGAGCAUAAACCAUUAAAUUUUAUUUCUUUUUGCUGAACGUUUUGUUUGGUUGUUUCUUUUUUUAUAUUACUUUAUUUUGUAUUUUUGUUUUGAGUUUUGUUCUAUUAUUUUCCAGAAGCGACUCAGCAUUGCUUUCAAGAGACCCUUGGCCAAGCUAAAGCAGGCUUUUACAAAAUGUGUUUCUGCACGUGGCAGGCUGGCUUUUCAACUUUUGAGACAUGCGGUACUUUUAUUUAAGAGAUUCUCAAUGAAAGGACCAAUUUCAGUCAAGAUCAUGUUGUUUAACACAUCGACAGACACCUCUAGGAAAGUUAUGACUGGGCAAACGCUCCAUGAACAACUUUUCUCAGAUCGCUACAGAAGUUGAAACCACUAAUAGGCAUCUAUUUCCGUUAAAUCUGUACAGUAUGUUUUCACUUUUGGUACGGCCAUCUUCUCAGCAGUUGUGACUUGAAUAUUGGCCGUUUUUAUUGACAUAAGAAUAUCUGCUUUUAAAGAACCCCUGCUGUUUGAAAUGGGCAAGAUAACUUGAUUUGUCUGCUUGAGUGCAGUAGUGUAAAGUGAAGAUAGAUUAGUUGUGCUUCAGCUGUGUUUGAUAUGACAACACAGCGAAUAAGUUUACCUUCUCUUGCAGGUUUGACUUUUAGACUCAUUAACUGCUCUACUCUUUAUUUUCCAUUUAUUUUUAUGGGAUUUGUUUUAACUGAUAAGAUGUUUUUAUCCAGUUAGAAAAGAUCAUCUUCAGCUUAUCUAUUUAAAAUGAGAAUUUGGUAGGUCGUGGUGUUCUCCAAGGUGGGUGACAUAUGCAGCAUCAGUACUGUACUAAAGCUCGGUUAAGCCUCACCUAACAUUUAACCAUGGAGCCAUUUGGUGUUACAGUCGAAAAGCAGCAAAGGAUUCUUGGGAACAGUAUGUGCUCACACUGCUUAGGAUUACUCUCUGAGCAUUAAUACUCCUAACACUUUCUCUAAAUGCCUCUUUAAUCUUGUUGACCCCUCUGAAAGGAGUUCUUUUGUUACAAGCUUCAGAUGUUGGUCUCGAAAGUGCUUUUUGAUUUACUAUUUCAAUGUUCUAUCUGUGUCAUGAUCCUUAACCUUGUGCAAUAUUUCAUGCAGGUAAUAGACAUUUCCUGUCUUGUACUGUCAUCUUUUUUUUUAUGAUUUCUUUUUUUCUACUGACAUAUGUUACUGCUUAGUUUUUUUUUCAGCAGUCUUGAAAUUGCAUCAAAGAUGCAAGUGAAUUUGUUUUAGAAGCAGUCGAAAUAAAAUGCAUUCCGCCUUAAUUUAUAAGUGAGAGAUGUAUUUGACAUCAGAGGAGGCACAAAUAUUUAUUUGAAAAUGUGAGGUCAAACGUGUUCAGGAGUGUUUUUAAUGGAUUUAGUUUUGUUUGGUUUUGAAAGACUCUUAAAUUGAAAAAGUCCAUUAAAUGUCUUCUAACAUUGGAUCAUUUCAAUAAAACAUGGUGGCUUUUCAAAAUCUUGAAA